AUGGGCGGCUGCUGCGAGAAGAGCAGGGGCACAGCGGCGGUGAGGGUGGGCUGGGACGAGCUCGGAGGCGCGGAGCUUGAGCCUGUGCUCCUGUCUGGCGCAAUCGCGCUGCUCGACGCGCAUUGGCUGAUUCGCCUCGCUGGGGCAGGCGGCGUGCCUCAUCCGCGUCAGUGCCUGCCUCCCGAGGCAUUCUUGUCUGCCGAUGAGGUUGCGACCUCAGCGAUCCGCGGCCUGCCCAUUGUGUGCGUGUCUCACGCCUGGUGCACGCCGCACCACCCAGACCCAGACGGGGAGAGCCUGCGCGCCUUGGCCCGCACGCUCAAGCUGCUGGAGGCGCAGUCUUCGCAGCACUGCUCCCCGUGCCGGCACGCGGUCUUUUACGACUUUUGCAGCCUACACCAGCGGUGCCGAGACUCGGGUGGUGAGCCACUCUUGGCAGGGGGCUCUGGAUGGUACCCUUCGGAGGAGGCCCUGCAUCGCAGGGCGCUCUGCCACAUAUCGGCCCUGUACUCACACCCGCAGACAUGGGUCUUCCUGCUGAACACCAAAGCCUCGGCGGAGACCUUCCUCAGCCGCGGCUGGUGCUACUGCGAGGCGCUUUGGGCCAUGAGCGGAAAGAGGCCGGGCAUGGUCCUCGACAUUAGCCGCGACUCUGGCGCCGCAGCCGACUGGUUUGAUUUUGUGGAUGAGUGCCGCACCCUGAGCUGCCGGGCGGCUCCCGUCACGCCGGAUGUGUUUGCCGCUCAGCUCGAAGAGAAGUGCUUCUCCCACGGCGAGGACCGGCCACUCGUCGCUCGGUUGUACCGCAUCGGCUUCGAGGCUCGCUUUGCCGGUCUGACGCGCCUCGAGUACCACGGUCUGGGCUGGGGCGCCGCGGAGGCCAAGACCCUGGCCGCCACGCUCGCGUCGGGCGCCGCACCGCGGUUGCGCUUUCUCUCCCUAGACGGCAACGUCCUCGGUUGCGCGGGGACAGCCUCCAUUGCCGAGGCGAUGCCGUGGGUCCCGCUGCAGGAGCUCCGGCUCGGGGCCAACUGUAUUCGCGAUGAUGGGGCCAAGGCGCUCGCUGCGGCGCUGCCGAAGGCUCUGUCACUCACGCGGCUCUACUUGGGCGCCAACGCCAUUGGUGACGACGGGGCGAUGACGCUCGCUGCUGCCCUGCUGCAAGCCGCGUCCCUCCAAGAGCUCUACAUCGAUCUCGACCUCGCUCACGCGCCGGGCGCGUUGGCGCUGCAAAGCGCGUGCACAGCACACGGCGUGUGUCUAAGGCGACGUUUGAGAGAGUAA